UGCGAAUUCAUUAUUAGUAAAACAAAAGGCGAUCAGGGGCUACGUAAUCAAGUCACCUUAUAAAUCGUAUCGUUUUGUUUACAAUGGUGGGUCGCGUGUGUGGGGCGAGUGUUGCAGUGGGGUCCAGUUUCUCAGUCCGCGUCCGUCGGUCCCGUGAGCCGGCCGUGUCACCGAGGACGCAGUAAUCCGCUGUGAUCGUACACGCGGCAUCGUGGCGCGUGGCACACCAUAUUGAAGCAACUCAUACAUUUUUUAAUGACACUGUGAUAACACGACAUUGAUAAUGAGUUGAGUUAUUUAUUAUGCCUGUUAAAUAAUACGAGAACAUUGUGAACUAAAGUGAUAAUAGUGCCUUGUGAACAUGUAUAGCUUCGAUAAGGAUUUGUGGCAUGUGAGGAGGCCAUCGGAGUCGCAGGAGACUCCCAACAGCGGUUCUACAGAGAGAGAACGGAGUGAGAGCCCCACAAGUGCAGUGGGCGCCGAGGCGCCCCGGGAGCUCCCCAAUGAGCUGUCAGCCCCGUACGAGGUCCCACAGUUCCCCAUAGAGCAGAUUGAGAAGAAACUCCUCAUACAAAGGCAGCUGAACGUCAAGGCAGCAGAAUGCGGUCAAUCAGUGCGUUCGUUCGGUGGCAGCGAGGCAGGUGGCGCGGGCGCGGUCUUCGACGAGAGGCUGCGGUCCGCUGAUGAUGACGAGACCGACUUUGUGCUACCACACUUCCAGAGAGUCGCCAUCAGUGGAGAAGAUACUUCUGGGGUCCCGCUAGAAGAUCUCCAGCAAGCGUCCUCAUACUUGGUCCAGGCGCUGGAGAUGCGCAAGCGCUACAUGGAGAUGUCGCAGCAGAGCUACGCCACCAUCACGGCGCGGUUCGUGCGCAGUACUGACGCCAACGCGCCCGCGUACGUGCCCAGCGUACAUGUCCAGAAGCACAUCGCUGAUCACAUCGUCCACCCACCGUUCAGGGCGGGCAAGGAUCCGUGGGAGUGCCACAAUCCUGAGCCGAAGGAUUACGUGAUCAGACCAGACAAGGGCGUGUUCAACUUGUACAAGAAGGGAGAGAACGGGCAGGAGGAGCGGCUGCCGUACCAGUACAUCACGCUGCAGCAGUUCAUUCAGGACAAAAAUACCAUGUGCAACAUGAUGUCGGAUGGACCACUCAAAUCGUUCUGCUACCGUCGACUGUCGUACCUGUCGUCCAAGUUCCAGUUGCACGUUCUGCUCAAUGAGCUUCGGGAGCUCGCCUCGCAGAAGGCGGUGCCUCACCGGGACUUCUACAACAUAAGGAAAGUGGACACUCACAUCCACGCAGCAUCGUGUAUGAACCAGAAACAUCUUCUUCGCUUCAUCAAGAAGACCUUGAAGAACCAUGCUGAUGAGGUAGUGACCCUCCACAAGGGCACUCCGAUGACGCUGAAGUCAGUGUUCCAGUCUAUGAACCUCAGCACCUACGACCUUACAGUGGAUAUGCUGGACGUGCAUGCUGACCGCAACACGUUCCACCGUUUCGACAAGUUCAACGCCAAGUACAACCCUAUCGGCGAGAGCAGACUGCGCGAGGUCUUCCUCAAGACUGACAACUACAUGAACGGGAAGUACUUCGCUAGGAUCAUCAAGGAAGUGGCAUCAGAUUUAGAGGAGAGCAAGUACCAGAAUGCGGAGCUGCGGCUGUCGAUCUACGGCAAGAGUCCCGGCGAGUGGGCCAAGCUGGCCAAGUGGGCCAUACAGUACAACGUCUACUCCGACAACGUGCGCUGGCUCAUUCAGAUACCUCGACUAUACGAUAUCUUCAAGUCGAACAAGAUCAUGACUAACUUCCAAGAGUUCCUGAGCAACAUCUUCCAGCCGCUGUUCGAGGUCACCAGGGACCCCAACAGUAACUACGAACUGCACAAGUUUCUUACUCACGUAGUAGGCUUCGACAGUGUGGACGAUGAGUCGAAGCCAGAAAAUCCAAUGCUGGAUGCUGACGCUAAGAGUCCCGAGGAGUAUGAUGACGAGGAGAAUCCGCCGUACGCGUACUAUCUCUACUACAUGUACGCCAACAUGACUGUGCUGAACCACUUCAGGAAGGAGCAAGGCUUAAACACCUUUGUGCUACGCCCUCACUGCGGUGAAGCAGGUCCCGUGCAGCAUCUCGUCUGCGGAUUCUUACUCGCUGAGAACAUUUCCCACGGUCUGCUGCUUAGGAAGGUGCCAGUCCUGCAGUACCUGUACUACCUGGCGCAGAUCUACAUCGCGAUGUCCCCCCUCAGCAACAACUCUCUGUUCCUGAACUACCACCGCAACCCUCUGCCGGAGUUCCUGGCUCGAGGGCUCUGCAUCACGCUCAGUACUGAUGACCCGUUGCAAUUUCACUUCACCAAGGAGCCGUUGAUGGAGGAAUAUAGUAUUGCAGCGCAGGUAUGGAAGCUCAGCUCUUGCGACAUGUGUGAGCUCGCCAGGAACUCUGUGCUCAUGUCCGGGUUCCCGCACGAGAUGAAGCAGUACUGGUUGGGCCCGAACUACAUGAAGGAGGGAGUGGCCGGCAACGAUAUUACACGCACCAACGUACCAGACAUACGCAUCUCCUUCCGCCACGAGACCCUCCUCGACGAACUCACUAACAUCUUCAAGAGUCGCUUUGCCCAGCCCGAAGCGCCUUUAACAACUAAUGGAAACAACGGUGGCGUGUCUCCAGCCAUUCCCAACUUUGCUGCCCCUAUAGUCAGCCUUAAACGACCAUCUCUUGUGUAGAAUUUCACCAAGUGAAAAUAGAUACUUAAAUUACAAAUACUUAUAAUUUAAAUUGCCUUACAAUAAUAGAAAUGAGAUGAAAUAUCUACCUCAACUUCAUACAUAUAAUUCUAACGUCAAUAAAACAAAUCAUAUUUUUUACAUAUAGGGUAGGUACAAUAAAAUUCAAAAUUAAUUUCCUGGAUUGAUUUACGACAACGUAACAGUGUUUAAGUCCUCUGAUUGGUUGGUUAUAUCGCACCCGGCCAAUUAGAGCGCCAUACGUUACAAAUGUGUCGAUCGCCUUUACGUAAAAAAAAAAGAAAAAUCAAAGGCUUUACCACGUAGGCACUGCCGGUGUAGGGGCCACUGACACCUCGGGCUUUUUGUAUUAUGAAUGUAAACUGCAUUUUUAUUGUAAACUAUUUAGAUUGUCACGUAAGCCUAUUUAA